ACCUUUCAAACACAAAAGAUCUCUCUCUUUCUCUUGUCUUUAUAUAUUACACUAUAUUCACUUCCAUUUCCAUUCUCAAUACAAUACUCUUCUUCCUCCUUCACUCUAUCAUCCAUUCACAACACAGCACACAUUUAACAAGCCUGGCUUUAGAGAGAGAAAGCUAGAGAGACUGUAACAAAAAUGGCAGCAGCAGGUGAUAAGGUGGUGGAGACUGUAAUUGUAGGUAAUUAUGUGGAGAUGGAAACUGAAGGUGAACCCAAGAACAUGAAAGCUAAAUUUUCUCAGUUCUUGUGGCAUGGUGGUUCUGUUUAUGAUGCUUGGUUUAGUUGUGCUUCUAAUCAGGUGGCCCAAGUUCUGCUCACACUGCCCUACUCAUUUUCACAACUUGGAAUGUUAUCAGGAAUUAUGUUUCAGCUCUUCUAUGGAGUCAUGGGUAGCUGGACUGCUUAUCUUAUUAGCAUUCUUUACGUUGAGUUCAGAACCAGAAAAGAACGAGAAAAAGUUGACUUCAGAAACCAUGUCAUUCAGUGGUUUGAAGUUCUUGAUGGACUGCUUGGAAAACAUUGGAGGAACGUGGGUUUGGCAUUUAACUGCACAUUUCUUCUCUUUGGUUCGGUCAUUCAGCUCAUAGCUUGUGCAAGCAAUAUAUAUUACAUAAAUGAUAAUCUGGACAAGAGGACAUGGACAUAUAUAUUCGGUGCUUGUUGUGCAACGACAGUGUUUAUUCCGUCGUUUCAUAACUACAGAAUCUGGUCAUUUCUUGGCCUUGUUAUGACUACUUACACUGCUUGGUAUCUUACCAUUGCUUCUCUCCUCCAUGGCCAGGUGGAGGGAGUAAAGCAUUCAGGUCCAACAAAGAUGGUGCUAUAUUUUACUGGGGCCACAAACAUUCUCUACACAUUCGGGGGACAUGCUGUUACUGUGGAAAUAAUGCAUGCAAUGUGGAAGCCACAGAAGUUCAAGGCCAUAUACUUAAUAGCUACAGUGUAUGUGCUGACACUGACACUGCCCUCCGCAGCAGCAGUUUAUUGGGCAUUUGGAGACUUGCUUCUUAAUCACUCCAAUGCUUUUGCUCUCUUCCCUAAAUCUCCUUCCAGGGACAUGGCUGUCAUUUUAAUGCUCAUCCACCAGUUUAUAACAUUUGGGUUUGCAUGCACACCACUCUACUUUGUAUGGGAGAAAGCAAUAGGAAUGCAUGAAUGCAAGAGCUUAUGCAAAAGAGCAGCAGCCAGAUUACCUGUGGUCAUUCCUAUCUGGUUCCUUGCAAUCAUCUUCCCAUUCUUUGGUCCCAUCAACUCCACCGUUGGAUCACUUCUUGUUAGCUUCACUGUCUACAUUAUUCCUGCUCUGGCCCACAUGUUUACCUUCAAAUCAGCUGCUGCAAGAGAGAAUGCAGUGGAGCAGCCACCAAAAUAUUUAGGGAGAUGGGUAGGGACGUACGUGAUGAAUAUAUUUGUAGUGGUGUGGGUGCUCAUCGUUGGAUUUGGAUUCGGUGGAUGGGCAAGUUUGACCAAUUUCAUUCACCAAAUUGAUACAUUUGGCCUCUUUACUAAGUGUUACCAAUGUCCGUCGCCGGUUAUGCCGCCGCCUCUUCCGCCGCACCUGAAUGUCACUGCAGCGGCUCCUUCUCCUCUCCACCACCUCACCAACCAUACCACUCACCGCCCUUGAUUUUGGAUAAAACUUGCUAAUCAAAGUUUCGUCAAGGCAUUUUUGCGUUUGCUAGACAAUGGACGGAGAGGAGAAGAUGAAAGAAAAUUGUGCAAAUGUUUGUGGGAAGUGAUGACGAUCGUUAUGAAUUCAUACACAUAUAUAAUCCAUCACCUUUGUCUUUUUUUUUUUUAGCUUAGAGAGUUUGUAUGGACUUCAUUUAAAGAGAAAAAAAAAUAACAAUUUAUGAAGUAUUAUGGAAAUUUUGUACUUUUUAGCUA